CCGCAACCGCAACCGCAGCGUCUCGUUGUUCUCCGAGCCGCAGCCCCAGUCACAGUACGCGCACUCGCGGCUUGAUUCAUUCGGCAGGUAUAGCACGACGGAAACCUUUGUGUUCGAGAUGGAGGAGGAUAUCCAGGAGAGGAAGAGGUUGCGUAUUCCAGUUCCGAAGUAUGAUGCUUUCAGCAGCGGGGAGCCGUCACCUGAUCCUAGUCUGGUGCCGUCGAAGUCGUAUCUGGAGACCUGGCGUUCACGACCAAAAAUGGAAGCGCUAGAACUGAAGGAGACGGAGGAGAAUGGGAAUGGGGAGGGGGAGAGCAGCGAAGAAAAGCAGAAUAUCGCGGUUAAGAAAAUUAUGGAUGAUGCAUUGGGCAAUGUUACCGAAGAUGUCCAGGGGGGCCAAUAACCGGGACGAAACUAUCACUUCCCAGAACUCGCCGGCGGACAAGACCAGGGAUUGAAAAGU